GUCAAGAGCAGCCGUCAGCCCCGUCACCAGCAAGACUCGCCCCCCACUACUCUUCCUCCUCCAACCUCCCCUCCUGUCUCUCCCUCCCUCCCUGGCAGCGACUACUCCCCAACCCGCACGCACGCCGUGAGCAUAAAGCCGUCGCGCGCCCACACGCCCGUUUUCAUUUCCAUCGGUUCCCUUUCCAAACUCAACGGCCGCGGCAGGGAGCAGGCACAGUCACCUCCCUGACCCGUUGAGCCGUCAAUUUUAUCCCGCCCCGCGAUUUCCUACAGCUGCCGAUCGAGGAGGAGGCGCAUUGCCCGCAUUCUUCUCCGCUUCCACCGAGAGGGCCUCGCCUGAUCGGCGCCGCCUUGGCCCCCAUGACGUGUGUGCGCGCCGAGGACGCCGUCUCGCCCGCCGCCGCCGACGACGUGGCGGCUGCCCUGGUUUCCAGGGGCGGCUUGAUCCAGAAGGUGGCUGCCGGCGGCGGGCGGAGACCGGCAGGCUCGGCGCGCUCGCUGCAGCGCUCAGCACAUCUGGCCACCGGGGACGGCAACGCUCCGGCGCCGGCGGUGGAGGCCAGUUGCUCCUGGUCCGGGGAUGGGAUAGGUAAGAGCAACGGUGGUGGGAAGAGAGAUGAUAGACACAGGAUGCGGCAGUACAGGUCGCAGCUCGAACAGGAGGUCAAGAAAUUGCAGAGGCAGCUUGAAGAAGAGGUUGAUCUGCACGUGGCGUUGGCGGAUGCUGUUACACAAAAUGUUGCGCCUAUACUGAAGUCUUCUAUGAAGCUUCCACACAAGGCACAGGAGCUACUGAUUAACAUCGCCUCCUUGGAGAUUACCGUUUCAAACCUUGAAAAGAAGCUAAAUGAUCUGUACUACCAGCUUUGUCACGAAAGGAACGAAAGGUUACUUGCUGAAAAUAAUCAGGGAUGCUUGCCAUCUACAUCCUCCGAUGAGCACCAGUCAUUGUCAACUUGCACGUGUACGUGGGAAGAGCACAUAUCAUCGUUGAGAGAUUUGAAGUUUGGGGGAUCUGAAUCAAUGAGAUCAAUGAGACAGGACUUAUUCCCCGAGCUUGAAGAUGACCAGGAUAUGGGAGAAGAUCCUGAGGGUCAACAGAUAGUUUCUUUAAACAGGCUGCUAGAAAAGCACCGAGAUUCUUCUUUGAAUAGACUUCUUGAAAAGCAUCGAGAUGAAGAGAUGCAAGAAUCUGGCUCCAUGGAAAAUGAAGGCAAUGAAAAUGAGCAGCCUGACACGUUAUCCUUUGAACAGUCUAUUCUAAAGAUAACUAGCAUAAAAGGAGGGAAUCUUUGGAGCAACCCAAAUGAGCUCUCUGAGGAGAUGGUUCGCUGCAUGAGAAACAUUUUCCUACGCUUGUCUGAAUCCUUGAAGAUAUCGCCGAAGACAUCUUCUGAUUGUUCAUCUUCCUCCGUGGAGCGUCUAUCAGGCUCCACGUUAGCAUCUUUCUCAGAUUCAUCCAUAAUGCCCUCAAUGCUACGGAGUCCUUCAGUUGAUUCUAAUCACAAUGACGAGACGAUGAAGGAAGUCAGGAACUUUGAUCCGUAUAAAGUUAAUGGAAAGGAAACCCGAAGAGAUAUCGGAAACUAUCGUUCAGCAGCUGAAGUAUCUUGGAUGUCUGUUGGAAAGGAUCAACUAGAAUAUGCAUCUGAAGCUUUAAAGAAGUUCAGAUUUCUAGUGGAACAAUUGUCAAAGGUUAAUCCUAGCUGUAUGGAUCGCGAUCAGCGGCUAGCCUUUUGGAUUAACUUAUACAAUGCUUUGAUAAUGCAUGCGUAUUUGGCAUACGGAGUACCUCGAAAUGACAUCAAGCUUUUUUCUCUGAUGCAAAAGGCUUGUUACACAGUUGGCGGCCAGUCCUUCAGCGCAGCAGAAAUAGAGUUUGUGAUUCUAAAGAUGAAGACUCCAGUUCAUCGGCCCCAACUUUCUUUGAUGUUGACUCUGAAUAAGUUCAAGAUUACUGAGGAUCACAAGAAGUACUCAAUCGAUGAAUUCGAACCCCUUCUUUUGUUCGGACUUAGCUGUGGAAUGUUCUCUUCUCCUGCUGUACGCAUAUUCUCCGCUGCAAAUGUUAGGCAGGAGCUCCAGGAAUCUCUGAGAGACUAUAUUCAGGCGACUGUCGGUACAAAUGGCAAAGGGAAGCUGCUGAUCCCGAAGCUAGUGCAGAGCUACGCCAAGGGAGCUGUCGAGGACUCUCUGCUCGCAGACUGGAUCUGCCACCACCUUGCACCUGAUCAAGCCACGGUCAUCCGGGACUCUUCCUCGCAGUGGAAGCAGCGGCUACUCGGAGCUCGAAGCUUCACCGUUCUCGCCUUCGACUCCAAGUUCCGGUACCUCUUCUUGCCAGACAGCUGUGGCUCCCAGAGCCAGAAGCCAGAGGCAAAGCAAUCUUACAAACUUCCUGAGCCGUGUUCAGAAUCAGAAUAGAUAAUAAGAGCUCAGUUUGGUAUAUUUGGACCAUCAUACAUUCUUUUGCAUAGCGGGCCAUGUGAUUGGCAGUUGUAUAUGAUGUAAAUUUUGAGGAAGCUUGAAUUGCUGUGUUUGCAAAACCGGAUCCUCUCCACGGAGUUGGUGGCAAUUUGGGGGUCGUAUUGGUUUUCUUUUGUAUUCACUUGUCUUCCAUACUGAAGAUAACAUUCUUUUGUUGUUUUUGUUUUAUCUGCAUACCUUUUCCUUUUUUUCCCCUCUCCUUUUCUGUAAACCUGUAUGGUCAAUUUGAUCUGUAACUUCUGCA